AUGAUUGCAGUUGAGAUGUUCGGGAUAUUACCGGAUACCGGAUUCACCGAACUGCCAAAAAAUAGACCAGCGGAGCUCGCGCCAGGCCUUUAUCGCUUCAGUGACGUCACCGCCCCGCGUCACGUGUCCUCCAUCAGCUGGUUAAUCCAUCAGGUUAUCGAUCCUCCGCCGAUCAGCUUCAUCAGGCCGUCAUUUACCGUCUUCCUGCUGCAGGCUGGUUACCAUGGUAACCCGGUCUCCCGCCGCCGGCCGCGCGCUGCAGUGAUCAGAGAAACGUCUCAGGUAGAGGGAAGCCUCCUGCUCCUAUUGGCUGAAGAGACAGCCAAUAGGAUGAGCCAGCUGAAGGAGGCGGAGCCAAUCAGAGACAUGGAGGGCAAGGUGCAGACCUGGUCUCAGGCUCUUUACUCUCUGGAGGAGCUCGAGUGUAAAAUCUGUUACAAUCGUUACGACGCUCGCAGCCGGAAGCCGAAGCUGCUGCGAUGUCUCCACAGAGUCUGUGCUAAGUGUCUGAAGAAGAUGGUGGACAUGGGUGAGUCGUCGCCGUCCAUCAUCAGCUGUCCCUUCUGCCGCCACGAGACCCGAGUUCCUGAUGAGGAGGUGUGGUUGAUGGAGGAUGACAGACACAUCCUGGCUGUGCUGUCGUGUCAGGACCGAGCCCGGCGAGGAGGAGGAGGAGGAGGAGGAGGAGGAGGAGGGGGGGGGGAGGUGGUGCUGAGCCCGAGCAGUCUGACAGCGUGUUCUCUGAGCGUCCCGUGUGCUGCAGGCGUUUCCUCCGACUGUCUCGUGGUCACCAUCAUGGAGCUGCCGGAGUCUCGCUCCUCGGACUCACUGAGCAUGCUCAACGUGGUGGGGGUGUACCGCCCCCCCAGCCUGGACUCGCUGCCGUGUCACCUGCCGGCUAACAAGUGUCGCACCUGGACGAGCCGCAGCUUCCCCCGCUGCCUGCUGGGGGCGCUCUGCCUGGUGUACUUCAGCUCUCUUCCUCUGGGGAUCUACCUGCUGAUGAUUGGUCAGCUGUGGCUCGGUGUGAUUCUGGUCAGUCUGGUUCCGUCCACUCUGCUGCUGCUGGUUCUGUACGGCUUCUGUCAGUGUUUGUGUCACGAGCUGCUGGAAGUGCUGGCCGCCCGCCGCCACACGCUGCCAUGA